UCAAUGAGCUGAACUAGCAAGUGAGUGAGGUGAUUGUUUCACGUGGUUGUUAUUAUUAUAAUUUAAUUAAAUAAUUUAUAAAUAGGAAAAAUAAUUAUUUAAACUUGAGUACAAGCAAUAUUAAUGUUUUUAAAUUUCGCGCAUAUAAAAUACUCCGAUAUUCUUUUGCGCCGGCUUCAUAAUCUUGCUCAACCAGUUGUCUAUAUGCAUGUCAGGUUAGCAAAGUGUGGAUAGUCUUGAUCAAAAGUUUGCCGGAUUCUUAUUUUCAUUCAUCAUCUUUUUUUGCUACAACGGCCACAAUGGCAGCGGUUGAAACAGUAGGUCUUGGUCAUUCUCAAUUUUCCAAAAUGUCAUCUAAGCAGCUUAGACAAAAAGCUCAAGAGUUUCUUGCUUCAAGAAAACAUGCUAAUAAUCUAAUCGACAUAAUAGGUCAAUGGGAUGAUUCUAGCACACUUUGUAUCCUUACUUUGGAGACAAUUUUUUUAGAAGUAUUAAAAAGACGUGAUAUGUAUUUAGAAAGAACAAUCGCCCUAACAAUUUCUGAACCAAGCCCAGAACUUAGAUACAUCAAUUGGUUACGAAACUGUUAUGAAGAAAUUUGGGAAAAGAUUUUGUGUUGCUUUGAAAGUGAUAAAACUGCUACACAACUACAAGCUCUGACUACAGCAUUGAAAUUAAUGGCUGAAGAAGGGAAAUUUCCUAUUGAACCAACGGAAAAGCAUACUUAUUAUUUUCCACUUCAUCGACUAAAACCAAUUCUUAUGAAACUUCUUUCUCCUGAUAGAGAUAAUUCCUCUCUGAUAGCAAGAUUUGAAGAAAUUACUGGAUACAAAGAUGCAUUAUAUUAUACGUGGAAGAGCCUACCUUCUUUAACACCAAAGAGACAACCUCAAGAAUUAUUUAUAAAAAAUUUGCUAGAACUUAUUCAUAAAUUAUCAUUUCCUAAAGAUGAUGAACUAGCAUCAACAAAUGAUCAGGAAUUACUUUGUGUUAAUCAAGAUGAUUCAUUGACAAAUUUUACAUGGGAUCAAUCAUCAACUAGAAGAGCAUUGAAUAAAGUUUGGGCAUGUAUUAUGCACUGGGAAUUAACGCCCCAUUUGCACAAGCAACUUUUGAUAGUCCUUUUGGAAAGAGUUAUGCCUUAUUUAGAAAAACCAGUAUUAUUAACAGAUUUCUUAAUGGAUUCGUUGGAUAUAGAUGGCCCUAUUGGGCUUCUUGCUCUUCAAGGAGUUUUUGUACUUGUGACUAAACAUAAUCUUGAGUAUCCUAAUAUUUUUACCAAACUCUAUUCAAUGUUUGAACCAGAAAUUUUUCAUACGAAGUACAAAGCACGACUCUUCUAUUUGUCGGAUUUAUUUUUAAGUUCAACACAUUUACCAGAAGCUCUAGUAGCAGCAUUUGCAAAACGAUUGGCUCGUUUGACUCUUGUUGCACCACCGGAAGAUAUUCUAAUAAUUUUGCUUUUUAUUGGCAAUCUUCUACUUCGACAUCCAGGAUUAAAACGUCUUAUUGAUCAUCCCCAAGGCGGUGAUAUAACUGAACAUCCAGGCGUCGGUGAUCCUUUUCUUAUGGAAGAACGUGAUCCUCUUCAAAGCAAUGCUCUUCUCAGUAGUCUUUGGGAAAUUCGAGCACUCCAAAAUCAUAUUCUACCAAACGUUGCAACAGCUGCAAGAUUUAUUCGUGAGCCACUUCCUUCAGUGGAAUAUGAUAUGUCAGCUGCUUUGGAGAAAACUGGUGAACGAAUUUUCGAUAAAGAAAUUAAAAACAAAGUAAAAGAAAUUAUGCUUACAUUUCAAAGGCCCAAUUCAAUGGCUUUAAUAAAAGAUGAAAGAUUAUUUCAUUACUGGCAGUUAAAUAAUACACAUUGAUUGAAAGUUUUGUACGAAGAGGUACGAAGUUUCUAAAAUUAGUCAUUUUAAUGCAUACUCAUUGGAUCGUUUUGUAAACGCAUAAUCGGUAGAAUGCGUUCUCGAUUAAAUUUUUUAAUUGUUGUCCAUAGAAAUACAUUUUCUAUCCGAAGAGUAUUCGUUACAAUGUUAAGAUUGAGAAUUUCAUGUUAGAUAAUUCACCAAGUGUAAAAUUUAACUUAGAAAAAGUGUAUUGUAUCCGAUCUUUUGUCACAGAAUAUUAGGAGAAUUUUUUGAUUUUUUUUUUUAAUUAUUUUCAAUAAAUAGUAAUUGUGAGUAAUUCAAAUGAUUUCUCGGAUAAUAUAAGUGUAAUAAUAAGUAAUUAAGAUUUUGAGAUAGCUUUUUGAAAUUAUUAUUUGCAUAAAUAAUAGUAC